AACUAAUAUUGCAGUUUGAUACAGAUUUGGGUUUUCUUUUUAACCCAACUCUAUACUACUCACAUGGUAUCCUCGUCACCGUUUAACGCAGGCCGUAGCCUAAAAAACCUAUUUAAAGAUAACACCAACGCUCGCUCUUCAAACGUUUCGUUAAACUCGGAGCCAACGCCAUCUGCAUCAGGACCUAGCCGGCGAAUGAGUUUAAGCGCAUCUUCAUCGUCGCAUCACAGCAACAAGGAUCACAGCAACAAGAAUCAAACACGACACUCUUCGGCCCAGUCAGAGCCUUCUCUACACGACCGGCCAUUACCCACCAUUCCUCCAUCGCCUACUCAACCACGGUCAUCAUCGCGACCGCCUGUCAGCAAGCAUAAUAAUAAGCGGAAGGAGUCAACUCCGUUCUACAAGCGAUUUUCGCGGGUACCUUCCGUCGACGACGAUCUUAAAGAAGCAUACACAGCAUAUCUCUACAUGGAAAACGCCUCAGUCAACAACGAGAGCAGCACAAGCUCAUCACAGCAUCAUAAUCAACAACACAAGCACCAGCAGUCUGGACCACCAGAACCGCCUACACAUUCUCUCCGAGAAGAUUCUGCUUCUGUUCAUAGCGGCAGUUCCGGUAAUAACAACAACAACAGUAAUAAUAACAAUGGCAGCAGCAGCAGUAACAGCAGUGGAGCCGGCAAUGCCCAACAAACAGCCACGAAAAAGAAGAUCCCCAAGUCUGCUGUGCAAAAGCAUCGAGUGACUCGAUUAGUUAGCGAGCUGGACGAACUCAAGCUAAGUCGAGAUAAAGAAUCGCUGGAGCUUGAAAGCCGGUAUCACAAGCUACAACAUACGCUCGAUGCCAAAGAGGCAGAACUAAACCGUAUCUCUGCCAACUUCCACAAGCAUGUUAUGACGAUACGUGCAACUGAUGAUGAUUUUAGCACCAUUCGAGUCAAGCUUACCAUGCUGCAAUCCAAGAUUUCUGCACUGCCGCUGUCCCUUAAAAAAUACGCCGCCGACCGAACGGUUAUUACACGUUACUUUACACAAUGCUGGCCCGCCUUGAUGCCAACGAUUGACCAGCUUAGCAAGAAGAACGGCGCACUCGACUAUAACAUUAUUUGUUUGUUUGUCGAGAAGUUGGUGACCGAGGAAUUGAUCGCAAGCGUGUACAGUAGUCCAAUCAUGAUUGGUUUACCCACCAACGACGCUUUCAUGCAAAUCAAAGAGUAUAUGGAGCCACAUGACAGGGACUGGGCACUGCGGCUGCGCCAGCAAAUGUGCAAGCUGGCCGUUAAAUCAUUGAACACAAACGAAGCGGCUGCCAAGCCCAUUGCAUCAGCCAAGAACGACGUGGUCGAACGUCUCACCAAGAAAUUGUCACACAUAUACUCCUCCUCCGAAGGCCACCAGGCGCUCGUGGCAAAGAUCGCCAAGUUUGUGGAUCUUGCAUGCGAACUCAGUGCUGCCAUGCAUAGUCAGGAAAAUCCUGUCGAUCCGAUACAAUUGGUGGAGGGUGAGGAUAAGCUCAAUGAUGAGCUUGUAGUACCGCAGAAUGGCUCUGCAGAUAAUGCCACAAUUGUGCGUGUGGUUGUAUGUCCACCAUUUACAGCCUCCGAGAAACAAGACAAUGACAUUGUUUUAAUGAAGGGAAAGGUCAUCUGUUUGUAGUGCACUUUAUUGAUUUAUUUAGAAAUUCACCCGCCCCCUUCCAACACACACUAUGAAAAUUUCCAUCUCACUAAAUAUAUCUCUUGAUCCUUGUAUACGCCUCCGAGAAUACCAUCUUCACAUCCAUUACUACAGCGCAACCAAUGUCUCAUACUAUUAGACCUCUUUUUUUUACCAGAAUAUAUCGUAUUCCUUAAACAUCAUUUGCUAAUUGUAAGCAUCGUUCAAUAUAUAUUGGAUUCUUCUUCUAUCUUAUACUUGGUUGUCGUCACCUUUUCUAAGCAUAUAUAGUCAUACAGUACACUAAAGGGUAUAUUAUAUUACAAGCUAUUGAUGAGCAUACAAAUUUACACUGUUAUGAUAUUACAGCA